CAGCUGAUCGCACCGUGCACUUUGCUCAUCGAACAGAACGUGGUUCAUCUCUGAGCAAAACGGUCGCAUUUCUCAUUCUUAUUCCCUAUUGUCAUGGCGAUUGACAAAUUUGGCGAAGACUUGCACCACUCCGAAGGGCGCACAGACUGUGAAGAUGGUCUAAAACGCAUGAAUGACGUCCUGAAGUUUAUUGAAAUGGAGAAAAAUCAGAAAGAUUCCCAGAAUUCGUCAGAGACAAAUAGCACGCAUUCGCAGCAGACGACAGAUACCGCUGCCCCCGAUGGCGGCUGGGGAUGGUUGGUCUGCCUCGGCAGUUUUGUCAUCAAUUUCAUCCUGGACGGCACCAUGUUUUCCUUUGGAGUGAUGCUACUCACACUCCUCGAGUAUUUUGGCGAGUCCAAGGCUAAGACCUCCUGGAUUGGGUCCGUCCUGCUCGGCCUGAGUAUGAUUCUCGGUCCUUUUGUUGGCUGGUUAUUGGACAGAUUCACCAUCCGUCAAGUGACAUUGUGUGGUGCCCUGGUAGCCUCCUGCGGCUUUGUCAUCAGCACGUUCGCACAAAGUGUCGAGGUCCUGAUUAUAACGUACGGGAUUGUUGGAGGAAUCGGUUUUUGUAUGAUGUUCAUUCCUAGCAUCAUUGUCGUGGGUUUAUACUUUUCCCGGAAGAGGGCGCUCGCAACCGGAAUCGCCAUGAGCGGUUCCGGCGUAGGAACCUUCGUCUAUGCCUACCUCUGUGAAGCUCUCUUAAAUGAAUUCAGCUGGCGAGGAACAGUCCUGAUUAUGGCUGGAAUUAUUUUGAAUUGUGUCGUCUGUGCUGCUUUAUUCAGACCUUUAUCGAAUGAGGCCGUGAAACAGAAUCAACGAAACGCGAAGGAAAGCAAACUGUACGACUGUGUGCAUUGUUUGGAUUCGAACAAAUCUUCGUCCACUGACUUGAGCACAAAAAGUAAAGAUUUGUAUGGAGGAUUUGACGGACCAAGAAACGGGUCUGUUGUAUUUAACUCUACCUCAGCCUUGGAUAGAAGGACCCCUGCAUGUUACUCAUUUAUUGAAAACACUUCUUACCGAAAACCCAAACGAAUGUACUCGAGCGCCCAUGCGUUAAACCGAAUAGACAAUUUGAAUUUUCAACAACCUAGUGUGCUAAAGCCGUUUAACCCUCUGUCUCGAAAAGACAUCUAUUACAGUGGAAGCGUCAGAAACAUCCCCAAAAGUGUGUCUAGCUCAGACUUAAGUGAUAGUAACAACACUGAGGAGUUGUCUGACUUUGAAAUAGAGGUCAGUGAGGUCAAGGCCGCUUCCUGCUGCUCGUGUCUACAGAAGCUGGGAGGAACGGUAGACUUGUCGCUCUUUAAGAAUGGCAAGUUUACUCUCCUGCUGUUGUGUAUGGUGCUCUGGACAGCUCAGUCUAUAACUCUCACCUACCUGCCAGACAUGGCCGUCGCUAACGGUAUACCACGUGAUAAAAGCGCGAGCAUCAUCUCUAUCUGCGGCAUCACGAACACCAUCGGGCGGAUUUUGGCGGGCUUUCUGACCGACUCCUUCCACGUCAGCAGUACAACCAUCUAUCUCGUCGCCCUUACUGUGGCAGCUGGAACCAACUUUCUCUUCCCGUGGUGUUACAACUAUCUGACUAUUGCCCUGUGUUCGGGCGUCUUUGGUCUGUGUAUGGCUAGCAUUGUAUGCCUGCGUACCAUUGUGAUCGUGGAACAGCUAGGUUUAAAACGACUAACCAGUGCCUUCAGCAUGAUUGCAUUUUUCCAGGGCGUAGCAUUUAUUAUUAAUCCCCCACUUGCAGGUUUUCUGUACGAUCAUAUGAAUUCCUACCUGUACCCGUUUAUCUUGUCCGGGACAAUGUACGUUGUGGCUGCCCUGGCCUGUGCUACAGUCAUGCUGAAACACUGCAUUUCGGCCAAGGACACAAGCAAAGACAACAUUUCUAUUGUGAUUGAAAGUGAGGGGACCUCAACGGAUGAAUCUCUUCUCAAUGUAUUAUGAUAGAGUGUUAUCAGAAUGUUUUAUAUGCAAAUUAUAUAUUAAAUUAAAGUAUUGUCAUGUUUUGGGAAUGCUUUGCUUUUAAACUAAAAUUUGCUUGUUUCUUGAUUUCUGGCCAAGCGCUAGAAGAGCCCUUAAGUUAGUUAACCAUUCUAGACUUUAGCAUUAGCAAUGGAUACAAUUAGAAAUGUAGAGCUUAAAUCGAGACCAUGCUGUAUUAUAAUAGUUAGAUGUAUAUAAAACCUAAUAUAUAUUCAAGUGCAAUUUUUUUUACUCUUUUAAUCCUAAAUUAAUCAGCAUUAUUGUCUUUAAAAACGUGUUUCUUGAUUGCUCUUUGUUGGUUUUACAGAAAAUCGUGACCAGAUGUUAAUGGCGACAUAAAUGUAGUAUGAUAUUUUAAACGAAUAUAUCAGGAUAUUUUUAAACCUACUGUAUUCUUAUUCUGGAACAGAAGUGCCCCUUUUCAUUCUGGUAUUAUGUGUGUAAACUCCCUUGAAUAUUUUUAAGUGAGUACUUUACAUUUUUACAUUUUGUCUACAUUAUUCUGAAAUGAAUAUUUGUAUUCCUAAUCUUAAUCAAUAUUUAUAAAUUAUCAAUAAAAUGCAAACAUUUAUAGAGGCAGAAUUAGAUCAGAUAGCACUAAUUUUGAGUCUGUUUCUCAGCUAGAAAACCUCCUUUAUUUUUUUAUUAUUGUACCAUACAAAAGUAAUGUAAGAUUUAUCAGUUUGUUAAAUAUAUUUCAAGAUUGGUAAUGAAUAUGAUAUUCAUUCUUUCUCCAAGACUGCAUAUUAAAUGAAAUAUGAACAAUAUCAAAUCCAUGAAUUUCAUCUCUUCCAUCAGUUUUCGUUCAACUUUGAAGAUUGAAUUUACAUCAUUUUACAUGUGUGAUAAAGUUUACUCCUUGGUGAAUUUUGUCAGAAACAAGCGCCUGGGGUGUGAUGUUAUUUGUACAUUUUCCCUAUCCUAGAUGUGUGAGCAUUCUUUUGAUCAUUUUCAAUUCUAUUGGUUUUUAUUAAUUGUGAUUAAGUUACAAUGGGUAUAAAACUUCUCUAAAUAAAUUAAUUAGGCCCAACUGUUGUUUAUGACUUUCUUGUACAUGUACUUAAGUUUUAAAGUCAACUGAAAUAAAGAAAGGAAGCUUUACUACCUCUCGAAAGUUAUUUUGUAUCAGCCAACAAAUUAAUAACUCUCUCUCUCUCUCUCUAUCUCUCUCUCUCUCUCUCUCUCUCUCUCUCUCUCUGGUCUUGUAUUUGUUUUAUUGUCAGUUGAUGUUGUUUUGUCAUUUUUGGGGAUUUUAUUUUAACAAUGUAUUUUUUUUUCUUUUAUGGAGUGGAAAUAUUUUCUUCGCAAGUUAUGUUAUAGUAUUAUAGUGAUUGUAUUUUAUAAAAAUGAUUUUAAUGGACUGUAUGAUUUGCUUUUUAUCUUAUUGUUUUUAAAGAGGCAUUCAAUCAUACUCGUUGUUAUUUGCGUUUGAAUAAACAUUUACAUAUGUA